AUGGCUUACAAACUUUACAAUUACAACCCUUCCGGCGGUGCGGCCAUUCCGGUUGCUGCCCUUUUCGGGCUCACAACAGUGAUCCAUAUUGUGCAGAUGGUUCGUGCCCGGAGUUGGUUCAUGAUUCCAUUUACGAUCGGUGGUGUCUUCGAGGCAGUCGGCUACUUGUGCAGAUACAUCAAUUCAACCGAAACGCCAGACUGGCAAACCACGCCCUAUAUUGGACAGAGCCUUCUUAUUCUUCUUGCCCCUGCCCUCUUUGCCGCAUCUAUUUACAUGAUACUCGGACGACUUAUUGUGGCUCUGAAUGCGAGUUCCAACUCGAUCAUCCGGCCGUCAUGGUUGACAAAAAUCUUCGUGAUCGGAGACGUCCUUUCCUUUCUCAUGCAAUGUGGAGGAGGAGGAUACCUUGCCAGCGCGAAGACUCAGGACAGUGUGGACAUGGGCGAGUAUAUGAUUCUCGGGGGCCUCUUCGUCCAAAUAUUCUUCUUCGGAUUCUUUAUUAUUUUUUCGGUCAUUUUCCAUCGCCGAAUGCUUGCGUCUCCCAUGAACUACGUGGGAGGAAGCCAAAUCCCCUGGGUGCGGUGUAUGAAGGUCUUGUAUACUGUCAGUUGUCUGAUCAUGAUCCGCUCAAUCUAUCGAGUGAUUGAAUACGCGCAGGGAAGCGGUGGCUCUCUGCAAAGCAAGGAAGCAUUUGUCUAUGUCUUUGAUGCCGCUUUAAUGCUUGCUUGCUGCAUUGUUUUCGUUAUUUCACAUCCUAGUAAGAUGCUGGGUGAACAGGGGUAUCAAAAGCCUGAAGAACUUGAGAUGCUGGCCACUCAUUAUGGGAGGUAG